UAAACACACAAAAUCACACACACGCGACGAUUUUCUCUCUCUCUCGAUUCUCUUUCCUUCCCUGCUUCAUUCUCUCUCUCUCUUCUCCUCGAAUAUAUACUCCAGACAUCCUGACUUAACCACAGCAACUUUGCGUUAAUCCUCGCCAUACAAUAUAUACGAACCCAUUGCCACUCCCAAAAGAGUCAACAGGUUUUCCCUCCAAGGAGAAGCCUCCAUUCUGUUUUGGCGUUUUCUCUUGACUUCUCUCCUCUCUUCAUCCUUCACCUCUCAAUAAUACCACCUGCUGGGGGAAUCGACUACGCGUUUUGCCUGUCAAUGGGGAGGAAGAACCGGAGAUUAAACAAAGGGAGGGUGUCAAGAAUUGGCAGUUAUGCAAUAGCCUCAUCGAUUAAAGAUCCCACUUGUAUUUCUUGCACAACGUUCAAUAUUCUUGCGCCUAUUUACAAAAGACUCGAUCAUGAGGAUCCCAGUUACAGGGAAAGUGAUGUUAAAGAUUAUUGGCUGGAUAGGAACAAGAGGAUUUUGGAUUGGUUAUUGUGUGAAAGAUCUUCCAUCAUCUGUCUUCAGGAAUUCUGGGUUGGGAAUGAAGAGAUGGUGAGUAUUUAUGAUAAGAGACUUGGUGAUGCUGGUUACACCAAUUUCAAGCUUGCCAGGACGAAUAAUCGUGGUGAUGGUCUGCUGACUGCUCUGCACAAGGACUAUUUUAGGGUCAUCAACCACCGUGGCUUGCUUUUCAAUGAUUUUGGAGACCGUGUUGCUCAGCUAUUGCAUGUUGAGCUGAUUGCACCCUUUUCACAAUGCCGGAACAGUAAUGUUCGCCAAGAACUUCUUAUAGUGAAUACACACCUAUUGUUUCCGCAUAAUUCAAGUUUGUGCUUGGAGCGGCUGCGUCAGGUCUACAAAAUAUUGCACUAUGUGGAAUCGUAUCAAAAGGAAAACAAACUGAAUCCCUUGCCAAUCUUACUUUGCGGUGACUGGAAUGGGAGCAAGAGGGGUCAUGUUUACAAAUUUCUAAGAUCUCAGGGAUUUGUGUCAUCGUAUGACACUGCUCAUCAGUAUACUGAUGCAGAUGCUCAUAAAUGGGUGAGCCACCGCAACCAUCGUGGCAAUAUCUGUGGCGUUGAUUUUAUCUGGCUUCUCAAUCCGAAUAGAUACAGGAAAUUACUUAAAACUAGUUGGAGUGAAGCAGUCUUUGGGAUGUUCAAGUAUCAGCUUAGGCGAGCCUCACUGACUGAGGAUGAUGCCUUUGUUUUUCUAAAGACUGAUAGCCAAGGUGAUUACAUCACCUACUCGGGCUUCUGUGAAGCAUUGCGACAGCUUAAUUUGAUUGGUCAUUGUAAUGGACUGAGUGCUGAAGAGCUACAAGAACUAUGGGUGCAGGCGGACAUUGAUGGAAAUGGUGUAGUUGACUACAAAGAAUUUAAGCAACAAAUAUGGAACGCCUCAUGGUUUGAGGAAAGAGAUGAAGUGGGUGACGAGGUUUGGGAUGAUGUCAUGAACGAAACGGAGCAAACUAUUGGAUUCAGUGUCAAGAAUGCAGUUCUCUUCCCGACAGAAGUGGAGAAAGGGAUGUGGCCUGAAAAUUACUCUCUUUCUGACCAUGCUCGACUCACCGUGGUCUUUUCACCGCUGCGUAUGCCUUGCUCUCGACUAACCUGUUGAUACUUGGUGAUUGCUGCUGGAAUCAAUCAUGAGGUAGGAGAGGAAAACUCUGGGGCUGAGGAACUUUGCAUAUCUGCAUUGUAGCAGUCAGAAAGCAGAAGAUGUGUGACGAGGUGAUCCGCUGCAAGCUAGGAAGCCAAAUAGAAAUAUAACUCCUGGGAACAGUUCACCUCUGACAUCUGUGGUGGCUGCUAAUGCAACGGGGGAGCCGUAUACGCCAAUGCUUGUGAUUUUGGGCUGGUGGUGUACAUAAUAGAAUGGAAAAGAAGAAGCAUGAGAAAGAUACAAGUUGUGGAAAUGUGGAUAGGAAUGAAGAUUUUGUAGUGUAGUGGGGUUGCUCCUUUGUUUGCAAAGCAUGGGCAUAUAAUUGAAUUUCAAGAAGUGGUGUGCAAAAUGUGGAAAUGCAUAUAGUCUUGAUUAUUUUACAUUUGUUUUGGGGGUGGCCAUGACUAUGAUGUAUUCAUACUAGUAGUAAAUUUUUUAACACAAACAUGACCAA